AUGGAAGACGAAAUUUUUGGGUCACCUGACGGAGAAGAAAUCAAUAAACUAGAGAGCGAUAUUAAAGCCCUGGAAGGCGCAGCGAAUAUCCCCAGAAGGGAUAGCAUUAAAAGGACGCCGCCAAAACAGACACCAUUUCAACGCAGCUUCUCAAUAUCAGAUCCCCAAUCCAACGAAGCAGCCCAAGCAUCCCAGGACUCACUCGAAAAUGCCAAAAAACGAGAUAGGGACACAGACGCAGAAAGCCCUGAAGCCCGAAAUCUAAAGAGUCUGAAAAUACAACUGACGAAAGAUCAAGAGGAAAUGGCCAAACAGGCCAAACUAAUGGAAAAAAUGAUCAGAAAGGAAAAGGAAGCAAUGGAGAAAAAAGAAAAAGAGGAAAAAGAAAGACAGGCCAGAAUCGAAAAGUCAAAGAAGACCAACGAAGAAAACAGUGAAAGUGUCGGGUCAAAGCUCGCGAGUGCAACGCAAGGUGCGGGAAGUUCAGUAGUUCAGGUGAGCAUAAAACCUAAUCACCAACCUGCUAACGAUAACCAAACAAGACGAGACCACACAGCGACACAGACAACCAUACAAAGAACAAACGACAACAUGAAGACACUUAAACAGACGAUAAAAGAGGCGGUAACAAGAACGACGCCGGAAGGCAGAGGAAAAAUCGCUUUCUCUCUAAAAGAACAAAGGGCCGUCUUAAACGGACUUGACGAAAUUACAAACAUAUAUACAGACCUAUUAACACUUCUCAUCAUACAAGAAACAGAAAUCAAUAAAUUACAAAGUGAGAACAACUUCCUAAAAGAACACAGACCAAAGCCAAACGACACAGGCGACAUACUAAAAACUUUACAAACGGAAAUUCAAAAAAUAUCACAAGCAAGCAACAAAAAGGAACAAACAAAACCCACGACAACCGCAUUAGAACAAACUCCACCCACACAGACCCCACUCGCACAAAACACAUACACAGACUUCCCUCCGCUAGGACAAAGAACAUACGCACAACUGACAAAACGGACAGUAACAAAAGACAACACAAAAGAACAAAAACAAUGGACCACCCCGGAACCAAUCAAAAAGUUCGAUACUAUAAUAAAAAUGAAAGAAGGAGAAACAGGAAACACACUAACGGAACUAAAGAAAUUAAUAAAACCAAAAGACAUAGAAGGCACGACUAUAAGACACACAAGAACAGCAAUAGUACUCACAUCGGAAAGCAAAGACAAACAAAACGAAAUAAUAAAACGCACACAAACAUCUAAAACCUUGGACAUAAAAGACGGAACUAGACAAAACGAACCAACGGCAAUACUGACAGGACUAAGAAAGGCAAUGACACACGAAGAACUAACCGACGCACUAAAGACAGAAAAUGACGACCUAGAAAGACUAUUUGGAGACAGACUACAACUAAUUACAACAGUAUCAACCAGACCUUGCAGAAAUCCUUAUAAGGAGAACGUGUACAUAAAAGGGCCCAGCGACAUUGUCAAACAUUUAUUGAAAUCGGGAAAAGUUUACAUCGACUUCCAGACAAUUUAUAUCAACGAAGCGACACAAGUAGCAUUAUGUUUGCGUUGCUGCAGAUACGGACACGUCUCCAAAUACUGCCGCGAAACGACACCGACAUGCUACAAGUGUGGAGAUGGACACGACGGCAACGCCUGCGACAAGGACAUUUACAACUGUAUAAACUGUGAACGACUGAGACUACAACCACGAGGACACCAAGCAAGAGACACUAACUGCCCAAUAUACGACAAAAAAAUGGACGAAGCGCGGUCACAAACAGUUUACAGAUAG